AUGGGCUGGCUAACCUACCUCGCCGCCAUGCCGCCCGCGCUCAUCAUCGCCAUGCGCCUGCUCUCGCUCGUGCUGCCCGCGAAGCCCGCCCAACUGGUGUCGUACUACGCCUUCGCAAUAAGCUCCAUGCUCCUCAUGCUCUGCUGCGCGCUGUACGGCACCCUCGUGGCUAUACCUCUGCGCCUCGUGGGCUAUGGUGGACUGAUCCAGUGGACGGUUGCGCGGGCGUUCAAAUGGGUCAUGUGGUUGUGCACCGGCGUAACAUUCAGAGUGACGGGAAGCAUGAAGAAAGAGGGCGGUCUUAGUGGAGAAGACGCCCUCAGGGACCGUCCCGCCAUUUUUGUGGGCAACCACCAGACCGAACUCGACGUCCUCAUGCUCGGCUGCAUGUUCCCCAAAUACACGUCCGUCACGGCCAAGAAGUCGCUGAAAUACGUGCCCCUACUCGGCUGGUUCAUGGCCCUCUCCAAGACCGUCUUCAUAGACCGCGCAAACCGCACCUCCUCCCGCGCCGCAUUCGAUACUGCCGCACACACCAUGAAAACAACACGCCAGAAUGUCUUCAUCUUCCCCGAGGGCACGCGCUCCUACGCCUCGAAGCCUGAACUCCUGCCCUUCAAGAAAGGCGCCUUCCAUCUCGCCGUACAAGCACAAGUCCCAAUCGUGCCCGUCGUCGUUGGCAACUACUACCACGUCCUAGACGUAAAGGGCAAGAGGUUUGCGCCAGGCGUGGUGGAUGUAACAGUUCUGCCGCCAAUACAGACAAAAGGAAAGGGACCAGAGCACGUCGAUGAGCUGCUCAAGAAGACAAGAGAUGCUAUGAUGGAUGAGCUGAUCCGGCUGAGCCACGUCUCAGGCACGGGCAAUGGCGAGCCUCUUCCGCGUACUAGUGGGACCGACGGACAGGAGCGCAGUGAGCUGAGGAAACGGAAUUAG